CCACGCUACAUCCGUGUCCGGAGUGGGAGGGCGUCCUCAGCCCCACUCCCACCCCGCGAGCCCCAGGGCGGCUGUGGCCGAUGGGUGCAGAAGGGGCCGCCCUGGGCUUCAGGCUAGCCUGGGGGGCAAGGCCCUUGGGGCGACGCCCUCACUGCCUCUCCCCCGCCAGCUGGGCGGCUGCGGGAUCCUGGGCGUGGGCGUGUGGCUGGCCGCCACGCAGGGGAGCUUCGCCACGCUGUCGUCCUCCUUCCCGUCCCUGUCGGCGGCCAACCUGCUCAUGGUCACGGGCGCCUUCGCCAUGGCCAUCGGCUUUGUGGGCUGCAUCGGGGCUAUCAAGGAGAACAAGUGCCUGCUGCUGACUUUCUUCGUGCUGCUGCUGCUGGUGUUUCUGCUGGAGGCCACGGUCGCCGUCCUCUUCCUCGCCUACACCGAGCAGAUCGACAGGUACGCCCAGCGAGACCUGAAGAGGGGCCUGCACCUGUUCGGCACGCCGGGCAACGUGGGGCUCACCAACGCCUGGAGCAUCGUCCAGACCGACUUCCGCUGCUGCGGCGUCUCCAACUACACCGACUGGUUCGCGGUCUACAACGCCACGCGCGUGCCCGACUCCUGCUGCCUGGAGUUCAGUGAGCGCUGCGGCCUGCACGCGCCCGGCACCUGGUGGAAGGCGCCCUGCUACGCCACGGUGAAGGUGUGGCUCCAGGAGAACCUGCUGGCCGUGGGCAUCUUCGGGCUGUGCACGGCGCUGGUGCAGGUAGGCGCCGAUACCUGCCCCCAGCGAGAAGCGAGGCCGCCGGGGGCAGCCCGCCGUGGGCCCAGGAAGCCGGUGGCGGCCAGGUGGGGGUGGCCCGUACCCAGCCCAGCCUCGCUGGCCGGGGCGCCUGGUCCUGGCCCCUCCCGAGCCCUGAGAAUCGGGGCGCUCCAGGCCAAGCGAUGUGGGCUGAGGCUGGGCGGGGGGCGGCGGGUGAGGGGCGGUGCCCACCAGCUCGUCCAGCUCCGUGGCCCACGUGGCUCCACGGGCACCACCCCCAGAGGGAACAUCUGUGGCAUUUGCCACCCUCUGAACUGCUGCAUGGGGCUUCGGACGCCCCACUUUUGCGUCUGCAAGAGCUAA